AAAAGAGGAGGAACGAGAAACAAAAGUGCCUACAGAACAGAAAGAUCCUGAGGAUGAAAAUAAGGACAGUGAACAAGAGCCGAAGCCAUCAGAAAACCAUAAGAUUGAAGAACAGACGCCGUAUCCUGACGAACCGAAGGUACCAGAGAAUAAACAGGAACAAUCGAAGGUAAAAGACGUUCCAGCAACUGGAGCAACGGCAGAGCCAGAGACGGAAGGAAAUGAAACUAAAACUGAGGAGCUUUACCCAUCGGAUUUGAAUCCUUUUGGUGACGAGGAAGAUGAAAGCGAAGGAAUUGUGGAACUCCGUCAACAAACACCGGCAAAGAAGCCUACCCCAACGAUGCGCCGUGUCAGCACAAAUCCGUUCGGGAGCGAAGACGAAGAUGAUGAUGCAGAGCAACAAAACCAGUCUCCAACGGUGAAACCUCCAAGACCACCACCGCCAAAGGUUAGGGGAACGCCGGUCGGAUCGGUCGUACCUGCGAAUCCUUUCGACGAAGACGACGAAACGGUGGCAGAAGAGGCGGAAAUAGUGCCGAUCGUAUCGAAACCAUCCCCACGACGGACACCAGUUCCGACUCCUCGGAAGCCGGGACACGCUUACAACGAUUCCAUCAGCUCGCUUGAUAACUCGCUGCUGUCGAGCAGUAGGCUGAGCAGCUCGAACGUUUCCCUAGCAUCCAGUCUGGACAGUGGUCCACCUUCGAUGACGGUGCAGCGGCGCAAGAAGUCCAAAGCACCCGACAUACCCGUGCCAUUACUGAAUCGUACCCCGGGAGCGGGAUCUUCCUCACCUUCGUUAGCUUCCACCUCAGGAAGACCAUCAAUUGAAAGCUCCUCUAUUGCUGCGACACCGCUGAGCAGUAUCGGUAGCACUGGCACACUAACGACGCCACGUAAGAAGCGUGCUCCAGCACCACCACCACCACCAGGACCAACUUCAGCUUCUACUCCAAAACAAGAGGACACAAUUGUGAAAGCACCGUCGAGUCAACGGUUAGUUGCGCUCGAUACCGCGUUGAUGCUGGGACCGAAUGAUCAGCCCGAGAGUUCCGAUGCUUUGAGCCGAGCGACAAGUAAUGAAUCCGUCGUCUAUCGACGGAUGAUCGUUCCGUUGCCGAUGGACCAUGAUGCAAGCCCAGAGUCGCCCCUAAACGAAAGCGAAACGAGCGUUACCAGUGAGCGACAGUGGGAAAAGAUGAAGGACAACAAGGAAGCCCAAAACCGGAACCGCCAGUCACUGAGCUCGCCAAACGGAGAGGGGGGUAACGGUUUCUCUGGUUUGUCCGUGCUCGCCAACAAAUCGUCCCAGGGCAAGUGGAAGAGACGGAAGGGGCCGGCACCAGCGCUUCCGAUUGCACCACUACCCGAACGCAAGCCAAUCAAGAUGUUACCACUGAAGGAGAUCCAUCAGGAGCUCCAGAUCAUCGAAACGCAGCAGCAGGGCCUUGAGAAGCAGGGAAUCGUACUGGAGAAGAUGAUACGGGAGCGGUGCGAAGGUGUGGAGGCCGAUAUCGAUCUGGAUAUAAGGCUGCAGGCGAACUCGAAGGAGGUGGAAGAUUUGAUUAUGCAACUGUUCGAGCUGGUCAACGAGAAGAACGAACUGUUCCGACGGCAAGCGGAGCUGAUGUACUUACGCCGGAUGCACCGUUUGGAGCAAGAGCAAGCUGAUCUGGAAUAUGAAAUUCGGCUGCUGAUGGCUCAACCCGAGCGCAACAAACCAGACUCGGAUAAAGAGAAGGAGGAAGCUUUGAUCGCGCGACUUGUUGAGAUUGUCCAGCUGCGGAAUGAAGUGGUUGAGUGUCUGGAGAUGGAUCGUAUUCGUGAGGCAGAAGAAGAUUUGUCAAUUAAACAGAGCAUCGAAGAGCGUGCCGCCAGUCAACAGUCUAAGCACAGCAAGAAAGAUUCAUCUGCCAGCUCGACCAUACUUCCGCUUACGGAUGCCGAGAAACAGGACUCGUCGGUAAAGCUAUCGAAGAAGGAAAAGAAGAAACUCAAGGAAGCGAAAAAGCUGGUGAAAUCGAAAAAGAUCGACUCCGAGAAGGAUGCCGAUGAAACAGAGAGUGGAGCGGCGAAGGAGAAGAAGAAAAAACGAAAGUUUCUCUUCUAAAGAAGUGUGAUCAACCAACAGGUACCGCAUACUAGGGCAGCCUAUUCGCCCAUUCCUAAAAAAAAAACAUUCCUUCGCUGGUAACUUUGCCUGAUGUCCGUCCGAUGGUCGUCCCUGCUCCAAGCCUGGAAGACAGCUCCUUCGUAGUAAAUCGUUGACUGUGUUGGAUUCAAAUCGAAUGUUAUUUUUCUCACCGCACCAUACGGAUCAUUUGGUACAGUUUAAAUAUCAUCUAUCCUCUUUGAAAAUACCCACGUCUUUAAGCGCUUUGCGGCUCUGAUAGUUAAGAACAUUUCAUUUAUCGCAUUUAGAUCGUACUGGUUUCAUAUUGUGCCCGACAGUUUCUGUUGAGCUACAGCCGCUGUCACAGUUGCUCAAUCGAGCUUGCAAUUCUCUAUUUCCGCCUUUCUUUCAUCCACAACAUUGUGAGUAGUGUUCCUUCCGUUUCGUGGACACAGUUCGCUUGUCUACCCACUGAUUCAAUUAUACAUAAUUAGAUGUAAGAUGUUGCGGUACGGCGCGUUAUAUCUAUAGAUUGAUUGUUAAGCCUAAUAAUGUAAUCGGUUAGCGGCUGAAGCGGUUAAGCAGCGUAAAGUGCACUUUCUCUCUAGGAGGACCUGUGAACUGUGAGAAUGAAUGGAAACGACUAUAUUCGCUUUGUAUUGUUUAGGAAUAAAUUAAUUAAAGAGCA